CUCGAGCUGCGAUCGGCCAGGAGAAGCCCGGCCAGGAGCCCGGGGUUGCCGCCUCUUGCCCUCCCUUCUGCAGGCCCAUCCCCGGGAUAUUAGUUUUAAACCGUGGACGUGAUUGGGAGGAGUCUGCCUUGCCUUGGAUUUCCGUGCUCCGCAGCAAAAGGACCCCGGCCACGGACCAUGGCGGACCCUACGGUGUGCUCCUUCCUCACCAAGGUGCUGUGUGCCAAUGGCGGCCGCAUGUUCCUGCAAGACCUGCGCCGCAACGUGGAGCUCUCGGAGGCGAAGCUCCAGGACGUGCUGCAGAAGGCCGGGCCCGACCGCUUCCUGAUGCAGGAGGUGGAGAUGAAGGAGGGACUCUGGGACGAGGAGGCCGAGGCCGCGGCUGGCGCCAGCGGUAGCGGCCGCGGUGGCGGCACCACCGCCUGGAGGGUGGUGGCUGUGUCCUCCGCGCGCCUCUGCGCCCGCUACCAGCGCGGCGAGUGCCAGGCCUGCGACCAGCUGCACUUCUGCCGCCGGCACAUGCUGGGCAAGUGCCCGAACCGGGACUGCUGGUCUACCUGUACCCUUUCCCACGAUAUCCACACAUCUGUCAACAUCCAAGUCCUGAAAAACUAUGGACUUUUUGGCCUCAAUGAGGCCCAGCUUCGGAUCCUGCUUUUGCAGAAUGACCCUUGCCUUUUACCAGAGGUCUGUUUGCUCUACAACAAAGGUGAAGCACUCUAUGGUUACUGCAACCUCAAGGACAAAUGCAACAAGUUUCAUGUAUGCAAAUUUGUCAGGGGAGAGUGCAAGCUUCAGAACUGCAAACGAUCACAUCAGCUCAUUUAUGCUACAGCCCUGAAGUUGCUACAAGACCAAGGACUGAAUAUUCCAAGUAUUGUCAAUUUUCAGAUAAUCUCCACAUACAAACAUAUGAAGCUGCAAAAGAUGCUUGAGAAUAAAGGUAAUUCAGCUUCUUCUACUGAGUGCUCCCAGGGCCCUGAGAAACAAGGAGGACAUGUAGCUGGGGCUGCAGAAGCCAGUCCUCCAGCAUCUGUCCAGACUCAGUCUGCCAAGAAUCCGUGCCCAGGCAAAAUGAGGGCACCCAUGAAAUGAGAAGAAGCUUGCUUAACUUGGAAGGUCUGUAAACAAGGCUUCUUUUGAGCUUUAAUUUGUAACCAUUCAUUCAUUUAAUCAUUUAUUAAUAAUGGUCAUAAUAAUACCUACCUCACAGGUUGUUGUGAGAAUUAAAGAAGAUGGAAAAGGAGAAAAUGUCAGAUUGGGAAGAUAAAUCUGGGAUAAGUGGUUGGGGAUGAGGUUGGACCUUGAUCAAGCAGAGAGAGGGUGAAGUCUGAGUGCAGCUGGGGUCAAGCCAAAGUAAAUUCACUAACAUCCUGCAGCUUCUGCCUACACUCCCCCAGCACUUUCACCAGUUCUUAAAGGGGCAGGGUUCUGCUGACAUUGUUCUGUGAUCUAGCCAUUGUCUUUCUAUAUGCCUAUGUACAUAGUUUACAUGGUGAUAAACAUAGACUAUACACACUUUUGUACUUUUUUUUAAACUUAAUGUUGUUCCAUAAGCAUCUUUCCAUUUUUGUUCACAUUUAUCAUACAUAAUCAUUUUUAUGCAUGGAUACAUUUCAACAAGUUAAUAUAUCAUAUUGUGGUUUAUUCAACUGUUGCCCUCAUUCUGGAAUACUUAGAGUCUGUCUAAUAAAUUUUGAAUAUAACUGUUUUCUUAAAAUCACCACAGUAUUAAAUUCUUAAAUUUUUCUUUCCUUUAGUUUAUAGGUGCUAAAUGAUACCAUCUUUCAAUUUCCAUUUCUUUAAAUAUG